CUUUGUGACAGUCCCCCAUGUGCAACUUCCGGUUUUUGGUGGAACGUAAAACGCGUUGAGCUUUAAAAUUGUUUAUUUGAGAUUCGAUCUGCAAACAUGGCAAAGAAGAAGAAGAACCAAGAUUUCCAGAAAGUGAAACUGAAAGUGGGCCGUAAGUUACCCCGGGAGAGUUCAACCAACACCAGCUUCAAGACCCACUCCAUUCAGAUCAAGGAGCAGUUGACUCAGGCCAGCUCUACUGAGCCUACAACUAAGAGGAAGCUGAAGAUUGAGGACCUGUUGAGUCAGUUGCAGCACUACAAUGCAGGUUCCAGACACGGUGCCGUUGCAGGCCUUCGGGAACUCGUCACUACACACCCUGCUCUCAUUUCACAGCACCUGGCAGCCAUGUUGGAAAAAGUGACUCCGCUCUUUAUGGAUAAGGAUUCUGUGGUGAGGCAAGCCGUGAUUAAGUUACUGAAGGUGGUGCUCUCAAAUACUGACACGGGAGAAUUGGUGCCUUUCUUUGGCAUUCUCAGCAGCCAUCUUAGCUGUGCCAUGACACACAUAGUAGAGGACAUCCGAUUGGAUGCCUUGUCUGUCCUUGACGUUUGUCUUGAAUUCCACCCCAAGUUGAUCAUCACAGGGACAUCUCAGUUGCUGCCCAAUUUCAUUGAUCAGAUAUCGCAGUGCCAGUCCCAAGGGAGUAAAUCGGGAGCUUUCUCUUUGACUAUAAACCCCAGUGGAAAGAUGGGGGCGCUGAAAUGGAGGGGGAAAGUCUUGGAGAGACUAAACAGGUUCCUGUCUGUUUAUCUGGAAAGUUUCCCCAAGAGGACUGGAAUGUUUGAAACAAGUGAGGUCUGUCAUGUUGGGUGGAAGGAUGAUUGGAUAACAUGUUACCAGCCCUGCUCUUCUGUGGGAUUGAUAAACAGUGAUUUUACAUUCAGGUCGUCAUUGUUGCCACAGCAGUCUCUUUCAACAGGUGCUGAUUAUUUGAAGAACUUCAUUGGCACUGUUGUCCCCCUAUUGUUUCAGUGUUGGGUAGAAGUCUUACCAGAGAAUUCUGCAGGUCACCCACUUCCAGUGGACAGUCAUCCCACCAUGUUUUGCGUGUUGCAAAUCCUACAACAUUUAGGGCUUUGUGUGGAAGCUCUUGGGGCAGAAGAUCAAGCACUGUCUUUGGAUUGGCUGUAUGGGUUCUACCAUAAAGACCUGAGACAACACAUUCAGCCUCACUUUCCUUUUUCUUUCUGUGAUACUGCCAAAAGAAACAGAAAAGCAAACAGGGUGAAUGUUAAAUCCCUCGCUCUGGAUCUGAACCUGUGUUUCUGUGGGACUGUCUGCACAUUUUAUAAAACACACGACAAACCAGACAGCAGACCUUUACAGGGAAUAUCCACAGCAGAAGACAGUUUAUUGAAGAUGGCAGUUAGCUACAUGACACAGGCAUUUCCAACACCACAUAACCCAGACCAGAGGAAAAAAUCUGUUGCUAUCAUGAAGACGUUGGUGGAAUGCUGUAGAACAUCAAUAGAUGCACAAUAUGGUCUCCUUACUGCUAUCCAGGUGGCUUACAAGACAAGCCACCCACUUUCCAGUGAGCGGCGACAACUGAUGGAUUUUUUCAGUCAUGUGAUUUUUAAGUCAGAUGUUAGCAACCAUCAAGUGGUCAGUCAGUGGCUGCAAGGACUUCCUGAAGAGCUGAGGUCACUGUGGUCGCAGGGAGAAGUGGACAGUGCGAUACCAGUGUUACAUGUGCUGUCCAGUGCGGUCAAGACACAGCAGCAUAACCAACAGUUUAUGAGUUCUGUCCAGGUUGCUCUAUUAGAACUACUGAGCCAUGACACUUUCUUGACACUUUCUUCCCAGCAGAAGGAGGUUGCAGAGAUGUGUUACUACUUUCCUGACAUAUCACGGGAGCUGUAUAUAGGGCUGGCUGGCUGGUGCAGAAGUGUAGGUGGCAGCACUGAGGAUAAAGACUACCUGGUCCAAGUCCUAAUGUGCAGGUAUUUGAAAGUCCGCCAUGAAAAUUGCAGCGUGAUGGAGACAUCCAACUUUAUCAGUUUUUUAUUGUCUGUUUUAAUGGGGACAAGUGUAUCCAGUUUGGCUGAAGCUGGUUCUGGUCAGAAAAUGCCCAUUGAUCAGUUAUUUAAAAAGUAUAGUUUUACAGACAGAUCACCUGUUGGGCUUGCCAUGGCACAGAACGUUUGCAGAGUUUUCAGACAGUUUCCAGAGGAAGACCAAGUGGGAAAAUUGAUGUCAACUUCUUUGUUUACCAUUUUGAACAAAUACCAUCGAUUCCCUAUUAACACGGCAGUUGGUCUUCUCCAUUGCUUUUCCACUGUCUCAACAUUACCACACACUAUUAAGUCCAGUUGGUCAGUACCUAAACCUUUGUUGUCCAGUAUUGUCCAGCUGAUGGGCAGUUUGCUAGAGUGGGCAGUGGGCGAUAAAGAAAAGGAUACUACUGAUGCCUUGAAAGUGGUCAAGGAAACUUUGACCUCAUCAAAAGAUAUAAGGAAGCUUUUCCUAGGGGAAAUUCUGAGUAUUUUAACAGAUGAUGAUGUUGAAGACCAUUAUCCUGCUUCUGCAUCACUAUUGUUAGUCAUAUUGCUUCGCGAUGAUGAAAUGGUCAAACAUUUUGGAGACUGCAGGGAUGUCAUGAGUCAAGUGAAAAAGGCAGUGGAGAGUGCUGAAUCCAGAGGUAGCCACAGAAGCCAGCACGUGUUGGACUGUUUAUAUGUUGUCUCUACUUUGUGAAACCACCAGAGUUGAGUGUGCGCAAUUGUCUUGGGGACCACAUUCCAAAGUAAAAAAAAAAAAAAAAAAAACUGAUGGAACAAUUACUGUGCCUACACAGAGAAAAAAACGAACCUUUUACUUCACUAACUGAUCUGUCUUCACAAUUUGUAUGGCUAAUCUUCAAAAGCGAAAUGGGUAUUAGCGACAAUAACUGGUCAUGUAUCAGGUCACUGUCUCAGCUAUGAAUACAAUACAUGGUCAGAUGUGGAAGCCAAUUGGGCAUGGUCAUCCCGCUCUUCCAAAUCAAAACAGUGAACUCUGCUUUUGUCCAGUCCCAUAAAAGGAAACAAAAACUGGGUUCGGGUACCUAGAUUGAUCUAAAAGGAAUGAUCCAUCUCCGAAGGGUUUCUCACAAAGUUGCUUUAACCUGAAGUGGCUUAGAUGUCUGGCACAGCU